AUGUCCAGUGUGUGGCGCUAGUGCAUCUCCUUGGGUACCAGAUUGUUUUGUUGACGGAAGUUUUCAAAGAAGAAGAGAGGAGCAGCAAUGGUACGGUGGAAAUCUAGGUAUUUACUGUGCGAAGUUAACGUGGUAGACCGGAGCCGCUUGUUGCUGCUGGACGACCGAGCUGUUGCAGGGGCAGUGAAGGCAGCGGUGGCUCGAAUACACGGGGAUUAUGGAGCAGCUCUCUGCAGCAUCAGAUUCUGUGUAAAAUAUCUGAAUGCCCACACUGGAAUAGUACUUCUGCGUUUCCCCAAAAGCUGUUACAGAAUUCUCUGGUCUGCAUUGCCUUUUAUUACCAGUGUUGAAAGUCGUGGGCAGAAAAUCCCAUGUUUUCUGAACUGUUUGCAUGUGGGAGGAACAAUUAGAACAUGUCAGAAGUUUCUGGUCCGAUACAACACCCAGCAGCUACAUAGAAUGCUCCCUAAGUGUAAAAACGAAGAGGAAAAACAGCAGAUUUGCAAAGCAAUUCUGAACUGCACACUAACAGGAAAAGAUAAGGAAGAAUCUGAAGAUGAAUCAGAGAAUGAGGAAGAUGAAGAGGAGUAAUUCACACCAUGCAGCAAAAGGCAGCAGCUGUAAACAUGUCCUUGGAUGACUGGUUCUGACUAUUUGCUACAAGAUUGAUGGAAAAGAAUAUGUGAAGCAUUUGAAGAAUUGUAUAGCCAACUCUGAGGAAACAUGGAUUACUGCAGCUGCUCAAUGCAUUUGUUACUAAAGACAACUGGCUGGUGCAUUACCUUAAAUUUGUCACAUAAAUAUUUUCAGUUGACAGAAUGGCCUGGUGCUUAGUGCUUGAUUCUUAUAAUAGCUAACAUUACAGAAUUUCAAACUUCUUAUUGUUUUGAAAAUGUGACAUUGUAGCUAAGACUGCAUUCACACUGCAAAAUCAGACUAUAGCCUAAUUUCAAAGAGUUUUUUAAAUUAAUUAAAUUGUUUUAUGCUAAUCUGUAUUUUGUUCUCUAAGUAAAGAACUAUUUUUUGAAUCUAAUGUAUUUGCUGUGAUACCCUGAAAAUUUAUUUUUGCACACACUUAUGUAAACAUUAACUAAAUUUGUGGUAUUCAGUUGUUAAAGGUGUUUUAUUGAAGCACAGAUAUCUACAUUCUGUCUUUUGAAUGACUGACAGAUUUAUUAUAUUUGUGUCAUUCACCAAAGUGCUUAGCCCACAUGGACUUGCAAGACACCAAACAUAUUGUUGCUUCCAUAAAAAAGAAAAAUGUUAAAACUUUACCAUAUUACAAAAUAUAUAAAAAAAGCUUUGUCUUCUGUCCCAGGCUCUACAAAUAAACUCCACAUAUAAACUUCCCUUUCUAAAACCCAAUUCAAGUUUCUUAUCCAUCCAAAAAUAAAGUCAGAUAUUGAAGUAGGGAUGGGCGUAUCGAAUCUCUGGUAUCGAUACUUUAAUACCUGCCGGUUGAUAUUUUGGAGUCGAUACUUUUUUAAAUAUCGCAGUACCACUGUGCUAAUACAGAACGUGCAGUUUGUUUUCACUUCUGAGAGUUUUAGGUGUUAAAUUUAUGCAUGAAAACCAGUCCAGGCAUUUUCAAUGUGCACAUAUGACAGUAUUUUGGACUGACUUUUUUGAUCUCAAAAAUUAUCUUGGUAAGGAAAUUGUAUUUAGAGAAUAUGACAUUAAUUUUUUACAAGCCCCGUUUCUCUAGCAAUGAAAAAUUGAUUAGCAAUCUUCAUUAAUUUGGCCAAAUUCUUCAUCCGUAAUAUGUUUCUGAAAAAAAUCACCCUUUUCAACUUUUAAACAAUUUGAUCUUAACAAUUACUUCCAAACACUGUCACAAUUAAAUCACGCUAACAAAAAACGAACCAAAACCAUUGACCUCGUUAAACUUUUUAAUUUUAUAUCAGAAUAGCUGUACCCCUUUAUACUUUAUAUAUUGUUUUUUUUUUUGUUUGUUUGUUUUUUGUUCUCAUUUGUUUGGUUCUGCUAUUCAUUUUCACUUUGUUAUAUUAUGCCUACUUUUGUCCUGUUGUCCUCUUAAUGCA